AUGCGCUCUCGAACUCCAAACAGCAAAGGUCUCCCUGGUAUCGCCGUGUCACCUUCGCAGGGCAAAUACCUCCAGCUGCAAGCGCGCAUGCUGAAGGCAAAGAACAUCCCCGAAGUCGGUACCCUCGGUGGCUAUUCAACCAUUUGGCUCGCCAAUGCAAAGGCUGGUGUAGUUGAUCGAGUGGAUGUGCGUCUCGGCCCUGGAGCCGAAGUCUUGCCUAAGAUCGUGGAGGAGGUCAAGCAGGGCAAGUUGGACAAGUUCCAGCUCGUCUUCGUCGGUGCAGAUAAGGAGAAUAACUGGAGCUAA